UCGCGGAGCAUGAUGGGAAAAUCCUCCUUCCCUUGGCCAUGGCGCGCACCUGCCCCGCGGCGCCAGCCGGCUCCGGCACCCGGCUGUGCGGGUCCGGGAAGUCCAGCGCGUGCCGCGGUUUGGGCGGCGGCGGCGGCGGCGGAGGGGCCGCGCCUGGGGCACAGCAGUGAGUGAGCCUCCCGCCGGCUCCUGCCCGGCUCCCGCCGGCUCCGCGGCCAUGGCGUCCCAGGUGCUUCAGCUGCUACGGCAGGGCGUGUGGGCCGCGCUCACGGGCGGCUGGUACCACGACCCGGAGCACAGCAAGUUCACCAACAGCUGCCACCUCUACCUGUGGCUGUUCCUGCUCCUGCUGCCGCUGGCCCUGCACCUGGCCUGCCCCCCGAGCGUCCUCACUGUGCUGUUCUACUGCGGCUCUGUGACCGUCUUCUUCGCCCUCAUCAAGCUCCUCAGCUACCGCCUGCACCUCAUGUUCGAUGAGGGAGAGGUGGUCCAGCACCGAGCCCCGAGACACAGGGACGAGCGGAGGCCGGAGGGGAAGGCCGGAUGCCAGCACGCCGCCAGGCACAAGAGCGCCAGUGACAGGCGGAUUCACAGCAGCAAGAAGGAGGAGCUGCAUGGGAGCCUGGCCACACCGGCCACACCACCUCUGCAUGGCAGCUCCCGGGGCAGCGUGCACUCCCAGCCGUCCUCGGGGGCUCCGGAGCUGCCGGCCCAGGAGACGGCAGAGGACCUGAAAGGCGUUGUUCUGUCAGAGGACCAGCCUGAGGGCAUCGUGUCCACCUCCCCAGGCAUGAAGUCGGAGAGCCAAGCCUCCCGGGGUCAUGUGCCAGAGCCCAGGCCCGCAGACCCGGGGCAGCAGGCCACCAUGACAGGAGGGAAGGAGGCCCACUGUGCCCCUGGCCAGCGCCCCCGCCGUGGCUCUGAGUGUGGCCUGGGGUGCCCCGCAGCCCCAAGGAUGCCGCGUCUGUCGCUGUCACAAUCUGACGUGUCCGUCCAGCCAUGGGGCAGGUGCCCAGCUCUCACCCCGCAGUCCGGGGUUACCCCUGGCCCCGGCAGGCCGCAGCCACCCGAAGGGUCACCCCACAAUAGCCCGGGCAGCAGCCGCUGCGAGUAUGACACAGUCCUGGCCCGCACACCCGUCACACCUGGCACACCUGGCCAGGCCCAGGAGGCCACCAGCUCAGAUGGUGAGGUGGCAGUGACCCUCGUCGACCCCUCCCAGCCCGGGGACCCCCCAAGUCUGCACGAGCCCGUCAGGAUAGUCAUCACCAUGAGCAGCACCCCAAGCUCCGGGAGUGAGCCGGACAGCACGCUGCACGCGAGGGUGACCAGCUCGGACAGGCUGGACGCCGAGCUUGCAGGAGACCCUGGGCACGCCCAGAUCCCCCUGAUCACGCUCCAGCUAACGGAGGAUGGAGCAGGAGGGACCCCGAACACGGUGGCUGUGGUGUGCUCCACCCAGUGCCCUGGGCCCUGCUCGUGUGACACCCAGGGACCAGGCAGUGCACCCACUCCGCCCUCAGCCAGCGUGGACCCUGAGGCUGGCAAGAGCAGGGAGGCCCAGGCCAACCUCGACCCGGCCUCCUGUAGGGGCAGCCACGAGAAGAGGCAUGCGCGUGUGCUCAGCGUGGACAGCGGGACCGACGUCUUCCUGAGCAGGAGCACCCGGGAGGUGGCGAGCGAGGGCGAGAAGCCCAUCCCCACGUCCAAGUCAGACCUGGAGGCCAAGGAUGGACACACCCCGCCCGAGUCCAACUUCCUGGAGUUUGUCUCCCUGCUGGAGUCCGUCAGCUCGGCCAAGGUGCCUGAGGCUGCUGUGGGGACUGGAGUGCAGCUGGGAGUGGAAGAUCAUACUUCUCCAGGAACCAAGGAGGAAGCUGUGGAGAGCGAGAGGCCCAGUGGAUGUGACGCCCGGCCAGGAAAGCCAUGCUUGCCAGGACAAGACCACGCAAAUGCCAGCCCGGUGCUCAUGCAGCCAGCCAAGGGCACAGCGCUUUUGCAGGGCAGCCGGCAGAGGCAGAUCAUCUACAGGGUGACUUCCCAACAGGACAGCUCGGUGCUGCAGGUCAUCAGCGGCCCCGACACAUCCGUGCAGGAGGAGGUGUCCCUGGACGCCAUGCAUGUCUUCAUCGGCGAGAACGGAGAAAUCAGAUCCUGUUACUUAAAGUCUGCAAACCAGAAGGAUGGCUCCUCGGGGCAGCACGCUCCCUCGAACCUGGACUGUGUGUCUCGGGCCAGAGACGCUCUGCUCAGCUCGUCCAGCACCAACACUUCUGGGAGCCCCGACCCGUCCUCGGGGGACCCCGCGCUCGGCGCCCUCCAGCAGCAGCUGUUGCUCAUGGUGGCUCGGAGGACACACUCGGAGACCCCUCGGCCCGUGAGUCAGGACGCGGAAGACUCGUCCCACUCCUCCGGGAAGUUUAGCCGCGAGCAGUUUCACAAGUUCCUCAUCUUCCCCGGGAAGUGGAUCAAAGUGUGGUACGACCGGCUCACCUUGCUGGCCCUGCUGGAUCGGACUGAGGACGUGGCGGAGAACAUGGCGGCGGUUGUGCUCGGCGUCCUGGUCUCACUCCUGGGCUUUCUCACGCUCAGUCGUGGCUUCUGCAAAGACCUGUGGGUCGUGCUCUUCUGUGUGGUGAUGGCGAGCUGCCAGUACUCCCUGCUCAAGAGCGUCCAGCCCGACCCUGCCUCACCAAUACAUGGACACAACCCUGUCAUCGCCUACAGUCGGCCAGUCUACUUCUGCAUGCUCUGCGGCCUCGUCCUGCUGCUGGAUGCCUGGGCUGAGGCCAGCCAGCCCCACCACGCCGUGUACGGCCUGAAGCUCCUCACGCCAGAGUCUCUGCGGGCAGCCCGGGACCACCUGGUCGUAUUUCUCUGCUGCUUCCCCGUGCUCUCCCUGCUGGGACUCUUCCCCCAGAUCAACACCUUCUGCACCUACCUCCUGGAGCAGACAGACAUGCUGCUCUUCGGGGGCUCGGCCGUUUCCGGGAUCCUGUCAGCCGUGUACAGCGUGGGCCGGAGUGUCCUGGCAGCAGCCCUGCUCCACGCCUUCUGCUUCAGCGCUGUGAAAGAGCCCUGGAGCACGCAGCACAUCCCCGCGCUGUUCUCCGCCUUCUGUGGCCUCUUGGUCGCGCUGUCCUACCACCUGAGCCGGCAGAGCAGCGACCCGGCUGUGCUCCUGUCCCUUGUCCAGUGCAGCCUGCUUCCUCAAUGUCUCCGCCAGAAGCUGGAGGAGCCAGCCGCCAACCCCGUCCCUCAGGGAGCCAAGGACUCUGUGAAGGACAUUCUCAGGUCUGACCUGGUCGUGUGUGCAGCGGCCGCCAUCCUGUCCUUCGCUGUCAGUGCCAGCACCGUCUUCCUGUCCUUACGGCCGUUCCUCAGCAUCGUGCUCUUCGUCCUGGCGGGCACCGUGGGCCUCAUCACGCACCACCUGCUGCCUCAGCUCCGCAAACACCACCCCUGGAUGUGGGUGUCACACCCAGUGCUCAGGAGCAGGGAGUACCAGCAGCGGGAAGCCACAGACGUGGCUCAGCUGAUGUGGUUUGAGAGGCUCCACGUGUGGCUUCAGUGCUUUGAGAAGUACCUCCUGUACCCGGCCAUCGUCCUGAACGCCCUCACCCUCGACGCCUUCUCCAUAAGCAACUACAGGAGGCUGGGGACCCACUGGGACAUCUUCCUGAUGACCACCGCGGGCAUGAAGCUGCUGAGGACGUCCUUCUGCAACCCCGUUCAUCAGUUUGCCAACCUGGGCUUCACCGUCAUCUUUUUCCACUUCGACUACAAAGACGUCUCUGAGAGCUUCCUCCUGGAUUUCUUCCUGGUGUCCAUUGUGUUCACCAAGCUGGAGGACCUGCUUUACAAGCUGCAGUUUGUGCUGGCCUACGUGGCCCCGUGGCAGAUGGCCUGGGGGUCCUCCUUCCACGUCUUCGCCCAGCUCUUCGCCAUCCCACACUCUGCCAUGCUCUUCUUCCAGACCCUCGCCACCGCCAUCUUCUCCACACCCCUGAGCCCCUUCCUGGGCAGCGUCAUCUUCAUCACAUCCUACGCCCGGCCCGUGAAGUUCUGGGAGAGGAACUACAAUACGAGGCGCGUGGACAAUUCCAACACCAGACUGGCCGUGCAAAUGGAGAGAGACCCAGGGAGCGAUGACAACAACCUCAACUCCAUCUUCUAUGAGCACCUGACCCGGGCGCUGCAGGAGUCGCUCUGCGGGGACCUGGUGCUGGGCCGCUGGGGGAAUUACAGCUCCGGAGACUGCUUCAUCUUGGCUUCGGAUGACCUCAACGCCUUCGUCCAUCUGAUCGAAAUUGGCAACGGUCUUGUCACCUUUCAGCUUCGAGGCCUGGAGUUCCGAGGCACCUACUGCCAGCAGCGGGAGGUGGAAGCCAUCCUGGAGGGUGACGAGGACGACCGAGGCUGCUGCUGCUGCAGGCCUGGCCACCUGCCCCACCUGCUGUCCUGCAACGCGGCCUUCCACCUGCGCUGGCUCACCUGGGAGGUCACGCGCACACAGUACAUCCUGCAGGGCUACAGCAUCCUCGACAACAACGCGGCCACCAUGCUGCAGGUGUUUGACCUCCGCAGGGCGCUCGUCCGCUUCUACAUCAAGAGCAUAAUCUACUACCUGGCGGCCUCCCCGAAGCUGCUCGCGUGGGUCAAGAACGAGGCCCUGCUGAGGUCCCUCCAGCCGUUCGCCAAGUGGCACCACAUCGAGCGGGACGCCGCGAUGUUCAGCGUCAACACGGACGACGACUACGUGCCGUGUCUCCAGGGCAUCACGAGGGCCAGCUACUGCAACGCCUUCCUGGAGUGGAUUCAGUUCUGCGCUGGGAAGAGGCAGGAGCUCUCCAAGGCCCUGGACCACGUGGACAGCGAUGAGGACUCACCUCUGGUGACACUUUCCUUCGCCCUGUGCAUUCUGGGAAGGCGAGCUCUGGGAACAGCAGCACACAGUAUGGCCAUGAGCCUGGACUCCUUCCUGUACGGGCUGCACGCCCUCUUCAAGGGCGACUUCCGGGUCACCACUCGAGACGAGUGGGUGUUUGCUGACAUGGACCUGCUGCACAGGGUCGUUGUUCCUGCCGUCCGCAUGUCCCUGAAACUGCACCAGGACCAGUUCACCUGCCCGGACGAGUACGAGGAGCCCGCGGUUCUCUACGAAGCCAUCCGGGCCUUCGAGAAGAAGGUGGUCAUCUGCCACGAGGGGGACCCGGCCUGGAGAGCCGCGGUGCUGUCCAACCAGGAGGAGCUGCUGACCCUGAGGCACGUGGUGGACGAGGGCGCCGACGAGUACAAGGUCAUCAUGCUGCACAGGGGCUUCCUGAGCUUCAAGGUCAUCAAGGUGAACAGGGAGUGCGUGCGGGGCCUCUGGGCCGGGCAGCAGCAGGAGCUCAUCUUCCUGCGCAACCGCAACCCGGAGCGCGGCAGCAUCCAGAACAACAAGCAGGUCCUGCGCAACCUCAUCAACUCGUCCUGCGACCAGCCCCUGGGCUACCCCAUGUUCGUGUCGCCGCUGACCACGUCCUACCUCGGCACGCACACGCAGCUGCGGAGCGUCUGGGGCGGGCCUGUCACCCUGGACCGCGUGAGGUCGUGGCUCCAGGCCAGGUGGCUGAGGAUGAGGAAGGACUGCAGUGUGGGCCAGCGGAGCGGGGGCAACAUCGAAGACGCGGAUGCCGGGGCGCCGGCGGCAGGCGGCAGCAGCGCCCCUAGUGGAGAGAGCCGCGACAGCAGCACAGAACAGCCCCGGCGAGGCGCCCAGUGGGCCUCACCCCGGGGAAGGGCGCCGAGGGCAGGCCGGAGGAAGGGCAGGAGCCACUCCGUCCAGGCACACUCAGCAGUGAGCCAGAGGCCACCUCAUCUGAGCUCCUCGGGUCCCAUCCUGGAGAGCCACCAGGCCUUCCUCCAGACGUCCACGUCUGUGCACGAGCUGGCCCAGCGGCCCUCGGGCAGCCGGCUCUCCCUGCCCACCUCCGCGGCCUCCCUGCAUGCCCAGCCACCUCCCGUCACGACCACGGGCCACCUGAGUGUCCGAGAGCGGGCCGAGGCGCUCAUUCGGUCUAGCCUGGGCUCCUCAACCAGCUCCACUCUCAGCUUCCUCUUUGGCAAAAGGAGCUUCUCCAGCGCACUGGUCAUAUCCGGCCUCUCUGCCGCAGAGGGCGGCAACACCAGUGACACACAGUCUUCCAGCAGCGUCAACAUCGUGAUGGGCCCUUCUGCCAGGGCCGCUGGCCGCGCUGCUCGGCACUUCUCUGAUCCGUGCGAGCCCAGUGACAGCCCGGAGCAGGAGCGGCUCCGAGAUGCGCGCCUGGCGGAGGCUGGGACCGUGGGCGUGCUGUGCCGGAGGGCCAGCCAGGAGGACAUGGGCCUGGACGACACGGGCUCCCAGCAGAGCGCCUCGGACGAGCAGUAGUGGGACCCGGGGACCCCGGCCACUUGGCCCUCCCCGGGGAGAGGAGGGCUGCCAAGAGCAGUCGUUUAUCUCAGGUUUGAAACACUUGCUCAGGGGGCGGUGGACGCCGGGCCUCAGUCAGGCACUGGCUGGACGCUUCUCCGAAAGCCACGCCCAUCUUAAAGCAGCCCUGUGAGUAGGACGGUGACCACCCCCUCCUGGGCAGGUAAAAUUAGAGCAGCCCUGUGGCAGGUUACUGUCACCGAGAGCACUGGGCACAGCCCCGGAGCCGGACGCAUCUGGUCACACCAGCAGGUCACAGGCUCACUCAAGGCCACCUGGAAAGGGCCCGUUCUCCACCGCCUUCGCAGAGCUGUAGGUGCAAGCCACUAGCAACAGCUGAUCCAGGAGAGCCCAGAGGCGACACGCUCCACCCUCUGCUCCUCAGGGUUCUGGCCCUAUGGACCCCCGCGUGCUUCCCAGGAAUGCAUGCCCGUCUUCCGAGCUGAACACGCUGUACUGUACAUGAGCACAUUUGCACACACCGUUGUUUUAGGGAUUAAAAUGUUUACAGU